AAAAAAAAAUCACGACAAAGCACUACUCGUAUUAAAUCUUCUACGUAGUGUUUUGUAAGCAUCAGAUAAAUAUUGCAUCAAUUCCUCGGAUAUCUGUUCAUCUAAUUAAGUAAAUCACGAGAUUAGACUGAAAAUGGCAUCAAUCACGUUAAAGAUAAUUUUAUACCAACAGACAAACUUUAUUCAUCAGCUAACUUUCCAACUGAUAGUAGGUAUAGUAUAAUUUGGCGCGAUUCUCGACACUAUACGAAUUCGUAAUCGGCAUUUUUCCUUCGCGAGAAUAGUUAAUUUGCAUAAUUUAUCGCUCAAGCGCGUAGCAAUUUCAUUUAUAGAGAAAAAUGUGAGGAUAUUUGGUGAAAAAUUUAUUGGGAUAUCAAUUUCAUUGACUUGGAGAUGAUGAACAUUUUCCAUGAGACAUUUCUGUAAUGCGAAAAUCUAAUCCACAAUCAAAGAUUGCCCAAAUGACAUACACAUACUCAAAUUCUUUAUUGGUGAUUUAUCUUUAAUCCGAAAGUAUCGAGGAUGUUGCUGCUUCAUUUCUAUGUGUUUUUAUGCCCAGUAUUAGUUGACUGCUUCAAUUUAAUCGAAUUUGGACAAAAACUUUGGUCAUUUUUCAAGCUCAUUCGACCCGGAGAUUGCAGAUUCGUACUAAACGAGGACAUUCCUGUAACCCCGUUAAUUCUAAGCACAAAAACCCCCAUAGAAAUAAUUUACCCAGAUAACGACAACGUCAUCGUCCUAUCCCACAACAAACGAUUACGAUUAAGCUGCGGCGACAAGUUCUUCAACUCGAGUAUAAAUGGAAAAAAGGUUCACGAUGUGAUCAUCACAUGCGUUCGAGACACCACUGUCAGCAUAGGUAAAGAGGAAUUCUCCAUUAGCGAUUUGGAAUGCGUUGAUUUCCCAAAAUCCGUCAUCAAAAGCAACAAAUUAGGAACCUGUCUUGAAAAUAAAACUUUGAUCGAUGUGGGAUUUGAAAUCGAUGGACAGUUUUUGAAAAUAUACAGCGCUUGUUUCGAUCGAAGAUCCCAGAACGCUCUGUAUUCGUGGUACGACGCUUCCAAAUUGCACAAUGGUCGCCAGUAUAAUGUUCCCAGACCUGUGUUUACUGAUAAGGAGUUUUAUACGUUUAAUGUGGAUGCUGCGUAUUAUCUGCAUAAUCAGAGAUCCUGGAUGGGAUCGAUAAUGAGAUCUUUUAAAUGGGCGGCUCGAUUUAUUCUCAAUGAUCAUAUGCAUUAUCUUUGUCGAGGGCAUCUUAGUCCGAAAGCGGAUUUUGUUUAUGGUGUAGAACAAUCGGCUACGUUCCAUUUUGUGAACGCGGCUCCCCAGUGGCAUAUUUUCAACGUUGGUAAUUGGGGUAGGCUGGAAAAUGCUGUCAGGGAUAUGCUGGUUAACAGAGAAGAUCGAAGAGAUAGAUACCGAGUCGUAACUGGAACCCACGGAAUAGCCACACUACCCGACGUAAACAACAACGAGCAAGAACUCUACCUUUACGAGGACGAGAACAAAAACCCCUUACUCAAAGUGCCUAAGCUUUUCUGGAAACUAGUCUACGAUAUGAAUCAAGACCAAGGAGUCGUCAUUAUCGGUGUAAAUAACCCAUACCUGAAGAAAAUCCCCUCAGAUUACAUAAUUUGCAAAAAUAUCUGCAACAAAAUCCGAUGGUUGCCCGAAUUCAAUAAAGAUAACAGCAAAGGAUACAUAUACUGCUGCGAAAUGGACGAAUUUCUCAAAGUGACCGGUUUCGAUAAAUCAUUCAUGAAUUAAAAGUCUCCUCUCUGCACUCUCCGUCGCCGUCGCGUACUUUCAUUCACCAUCAAAGAGGAAAGGAAACAGAUACAAAUAGGCCUACCUACGUGUAAAUUACAUAAAAAGAAAGAAUCGUCUCCAUAAUUUAUACAUCUCAUUUAUCUUUUCUUUUGGCUUGUGAAAAACCCUUCUCUUUUUGACUUACCCUCCUCUUCUUCUUGGCCGGGAGUCACGUUAGCUUUGACGCACUUGGAUUAAAAUUUCACCAUCGGACCAUCACGCACCCACUUCCUGACAUUAGCAGAGUACAAAAUCACACCGCCACGUCUAAAUAAAACCUCCGCAUUAUUUCGAUGGAUACGUUUAUAUUUGUAGUUCCAAUACAUGCGGUAAAUACUCCUCUUCAUCGUAUAUUCGAAAAUACACCUCUAUUUUUUUUUUUUUUUUGUAUACGUUGCGCCGCCGCAACCGACUCUUUA